AUGUCAAAUGCAAGUAGUACCGCAAUUCAUCAGCAGCAAUAUUCCAUUGUUGAAUAUGUUGGUUAUAAUAAAGGCGGACUGUGCGGUUACUGUCGUCGAGAGGAAGCAACUCCAACGAGCAUUGGUAUGUGGACACGCAGUCUUUCGAUAUCACACUAUAACGAAUUACUCGAUAGAGGGAUGAGAAGAUCUGGUAAGUAUUUGUACAAGCCAGUGAUUGCUAAUACAUGCUGUCCAUCAUAUACAAUCAGACUUGAUGUCAACAAUUUCCGCUUGUCAAAAGCACAGAAAAGAAUAUUGCGUCGAAUGAAUGAUUUUCUCCAGAAAGAUGUUCGACCGAGUGAACGAGCAAAAAUAUCGGAACGCAAUGUAACGAAGAGAACGACUGAAAGCAACGCUAUUUCAUCAAAUUCUCAAGUCAAAAAAGUUCAAGAUGAUAGUAAAAAAACAUUAAAUCAUGAACUUCAGAAAAAGGGAAGAAAGAAGAAAGUUCUCAGGCGAGAAAGAGCUUUCCAAAGAAUGCGCGACAAAGGUAUCAAUAUCAAGGAGGCUCAAAGAAUACGUCAAGAAAAAGAAGAAUUUCGGAGAAGAACACUAGAAUCAUUCAUUGUCAAUUACGAUUCGGAAACUUUCAAGCAUAAAUUAGAAGUACGUUUGGUUAAUUCAAAUUCAUCUGAAUUUAAUGAGACUUUCAAAGAAAGCUUCAAAUUGUACGAGAAAUACCAAACGAAUGUUCACCAUGAUACUCGCUGUAAUAGAACUAGCUACCGGAAUUUCCUUGCAGAUUCACCACUUUUCAACGAUGAAAGAGAUGAAAGUAAGAGUAUUGCACUUGGUUCAUAUCACCAACAAUAUUAUCUUGAUGGCCGUCUGAUAGCUGUUGGUGUUGUGGAUAUUUUACCACGCUGCCUGUCGGCCAAAUACCUCUACUACGAUCCCGAUUACGAAUUUCUCACCCUUGGAACAUAUACUGCUUUACGAGAAAUUGCAUUUACUCAAGAGCUUGCAAAAGAAAGGCAACAGUUACACUACUACUAUAUGGGGUUUUACAUUCAUUCAUGUCAGAAAAUGCGCUACAAACAGCAUUUUCAUCCGUCCGAUUUGCUAUGCGAUCGUAGUUUCACGUGGGUACCUCUAGCAAAGUGUUUGGAAAUGAUAGAGAGAUUUGGCGAACGAAUCGAGGCAUUCGCUCCAGAUGCUCCGGUAGCUGAAAAAUGUCCAGUGGAAUCUAUAAAAUGUCUUUACAAAAUGAAUAUCUUUCCUUAUCGGAUUUUGUUAACGCUACCGGAUUUUGAAGAAACGGAAACAUUCAUGGAGGAAUAUGCUCGAGUAGUUGGACCGGUCGCCCGAGAAAUGUUGCUCUACAGAAAAUGA